GACCUGUUUGCACUGGGCCUGCAAGCGGAACCAUGCUCCCGUGGUGUCCUGCCUGCUGGAUGCUGGUGCAGAUAAGCAGAUCCUCACUGCUCAAGGAGAGCUGGCAGCACAGUUAACUUCGAAACCAGACAUCUGGAAGAUUUUGGGAGUAAUAGAGGAGGAAACUGAACGUCAAGGAGUGAAGGAUUUAAAUCUGCCAAUUGUUGCAAACUACUUGGCCAACCCACCAUUCCCUUACAUUUACGCUGAAGAAAGCAUUCCAGACAGCUUGGCAGAAUCCCAGAACGAAAGCGCUUCCAUCUCUUCCGCUUCCCAGUGUGAAACUAGUCCUUGUUCAUCAGCACCUCAGGUUGAAAGCGUGUGCACGCCCACGUCAUGCAACAGCGAAGCCGAUUUUCCUGCGCUAGACACUGUGGAACAGCUGCCCACCCCAUCGGCAACUACCGCAGCACCGAAAUGCGUUGGGCCUGCAGCACAGAACGGCCCCGCUCGCCAGCCGUCCCUGCCCCACGGCAGAGCUCCCUUCUCCCCGGUAGCACCCAAACAGGCUGCACCUCUGCAAACUGACAGCUCACCUACUGGUCCCGCACCAACUUUUCAGCCCUUUUUCUUUACUGGGACUUUCCCAUAUAACAUGCAAGAACUUGUGCUUAAGGUGAGAGUCCAGAACCUGAGAGACAACGACUUCAUUGAAAUUGAACUGGACAGACAAGAACUGACCUAUCAAGACCUGCUCAGAGUGAGUUGCUGUGAAUUGGGUGUUAAUCCAGAACAAGUAGAGAAGAUCAGAAAAUUACCUAAUACACUAGUAAGAAAGGACAAGGACGUUGCCAGACUUCAGGACUUCCAAGAGCUGGAGUUAGUUCUUGUGAAAAGCGACAGCUCUCCUUUCAGAAAUGCUGCAUCAACUUUGACUGAGAGACCAUGCUACAAUAGUAGAGCAUCAAAGCUGACGUACUGA